CAUUUGUUCAGAACGUCUGUCAGAAAACAAAUCUUAUUUACUUCAUUUCCUGUCUUUCUUCAGACGGUUUGAUUAUUUGAAAUAACUGUUUCAACGUUGAAAUUUGUUGAGAGAACUUAAAAAGUGACUGCGUCGCUUGAAUCAUUUAAAAUUGUCCAGUCUACUGUGUGCAGCAGACGUCCUAAGCAAACAAAAUAAAACUUUGUUCCAAGUUCUUUGUGUAGUGCAUCUGCAUCCUAUUUGAACAUCAACGGUGUAUACAGUCAUGGAAGUCGCAACAAAAUCGACCGAAAUCCGUUGCCAAGAAAUGUCGAAGGGUGGUCUGGCGUACGAGGUGAUCCUCGCGGAGCCAAUUGGUGUACCGGUGCCGCGCCGCGCCGACUCGCCAACCGAGAAGACUGCAUCCGUGGAGGAAAUCCAGGAGAAACUUAAAGCUGCAGAAGAAAGGAGACGCAGUUUGGAAGCGAGCAAGAUGGCGGCGAUUGCAUCCAAGAUGGCGAAGAUCGAGGAGGCGUCCCGAAUCCGCAGCGAACAAACGAACAACUUCAUUUCUACCACCAAGGAGGCGCUCGACGCCAAGAUGGAGAACCACGAGGAGAAACGCGAGGCGUACAUCAACGAGUUGCGCGCCCGGCUCAAGGACCACCUCGAGGGUGUCGAGAAGACCAGAUUGACGCUGGAACAGCAGACGGCCGAGGUGUACAAGGCCAUCGAGGAGAAGAUGACGACGGCCGCGGACAAGCGCGACGAGAACAUCAAGAAGAUGCUCGAACGUCUCCGUGAACAUGAGGAGCAGGUCCGUAAAGUACGCGCUGGCAACCAGGAACGGUUCCAGCAGCUGGAGAGCGCCAUCCAGGAUAAGCUGCAGCAGGCCGCCGACCGCAGGUUGAUGCUGGAGGCUGAGCAAAAGGAGAAACUGCGUAACCACAACAAUAAGCUCGCCGAAGUCCGGUCGGUGAUCACCGCGAAAAUGGAGGAAAUUACUAAGGACAUAGAGACGAAGCUGACGGCGGCCGAACAGAAUAGGGAGAAAGUUAUACAGAAGAAGCUUGAUUUUGUUAAAAAAGAGGAGCGACGCGCUGAGCUGGUGCGACAGAACAAGAGUGCGCGCGCAGAGUGUGACACUGCGGCCGUCGAUGGAGCCUCCGGCUAGGCCUCCUCCGCCGCCCCCGCCGCCCCGCGCCCGCAGCCGCCCCCGGGGACCUCCACACGAUCAUUAGCGCUACGCCCCUAGACGAGUGGCGGACACGUCACCAUACCCACAUGUAUUGCACGAGAAAGAACACCGUAUAUUGCUGUCUCGUUCUAUCUCAUGCGUAGGAAUAUCUAUGUGAUUUGCUUUCUCAAAGGUGGCAUUGUUUAGUAAGAGCAUCGGCAUGUCUUUAUAUCGAAAUUUGUUGUAGAAAGAAUAAUAAUGUUUUUAGAAAAAAAAACAGGGAUUGUUGUGGGAAUCUGUUGAUGGGAGAAAACUGUAGCUCCAAUGAGGAGACUGUCUCAUUUCAUAUUAGGUUUUUUCUCUCUUAGUAUAAAAAGGGUAAAAAUAUGUACAAUAAUAAUUAUACCUAUUAAAUAACGGUACGUUUCCCGUAACAUAUAUUUUGUGACCUGUUGAUAUUUCACGGCUAUUUUAAACAUUCUGACAAUUUAAAAUCUUCUGUCUGUUCAUAUUAUACGCCGUUAUUUCGAUAAAAAAAUAUGCCAAUAUUAUUUACAAAAUAUGUUAUCUAAAGAAAAUCAGCAUAUACAUAGUGUUUGCCACUUGUCUAGAUCAUCUGAUCAUAAAUAUACAUACAAGUGAAUGUUAGCAAGGUGGAUUUAGACUGAACAGUCUGAAUUUUACAAUAUAAUACCACGUAAGGGGAUUAGCCUGUAAAUAGAUGAACAAUAACAAAAGAACGUACAAAUUCUAAUUAAUGAAUAUACUUAGUUAUCAACAUCUCUUAGUAUACUUAGACUAAAUACCUUAGAAGAUACCUAAGUUAAGAAGAUGUCGCUUAGUCUAAAUCCACCUUAUAAUUGGAUAAGGUCCAUGUGAUGCGUACUACAGUAAUGUGUUUGAAAUGUACUGAAAAAAGUUACUAAAAACUGUUGAUUAUGUAAUGAAGUUGCUGACAAUUCUAAAGUUAAUAAUUACUCUUCACCCAAGAGCUCGAAGAAAUGAAGUUGCUAAUAAUUCUUGUUAGAAACAGAUUUCCAAUACAGUGUUGCUAUUAAACUUGAGUAACUGUUAAUUGUUUCUUAUGUAAUUGCAAUUCUGUCGAACUAAAGCUCUCAGUUGCAAAGUGCUGUUGUAACCGAGAGAUUAAUGAUCUAAUCCAGCUUGUAAUAUCUCAAAAAUUCUAUAUUCAGGCCUAAGUUUAUAAACUACCAUCGGUACCACUGAGCAGGCGGUCCACCCUGGAGACCAUCAUGGUUGAUUCCUAGUGAUUUUGCUACCCUGGCCUAACUUCAUGCUCAUCUUAUCAUCCACUGAUGCACCCCUCGCCAGCGUACAAGUUAGCGCAAACGGGUGCACCAUUUCAUAUUCAUUCAUCAAACCACCAGGCGGACCGUAUGCUUUAUCGGGAUCCCUAUAUUAAAACGACAUUCGAUUACAAUCUUGUACGUAUUUUACAUGUUUACUGUUACGUCGAAUGGACCUAUCCGUGUAAUCAGUUUUACUAUCAACGUCUGUGGCUUCAUUCAAUUAUGUGUUACGGCCAAAAUGUUAUAGCCAAUGGAGGGUGCGCGCGCCGAAUUUCUGCCAAUAAAUUUGAACACAAAUAUGUCUGACCUACUAUUAAUAUUAAAGUAAGCAGAAUAGAGGUUAGUUAGACUAUAAAAUGGCUAGCUGACCUGACCACGCGUCUGUCUUGUCGUGUUCUGUUCUUAAGUUUCUGUAGUCAAGGGAUUUACAAGGAAGUUACUAUAAGGAAAUUUAAGUUGGACAAGUUGGACAGAACUAACUUUCAAAAAAGUGUAAAUAAUUUCACAGUUCAUUCCAGAAUAACAUCUUGACUUUUCAUCGAACUAAGCGGGUUUUAGUGUUGACCAAUAUUAGGAAUACAUCAGUGAAGGAUGAAUGGAUGAGGAUGAAAUCAGAUGGUUCCAUCUAGCCAAAGAAAACUAUAGUCUAUACUUUUCUUUGUGGAUUGCGUGGAGAUUGUAUAAGAGUGUACAAUAUUUCCAAUAAGUAACUAGUCCUUAAUACUAAUAAUUCCCUUGUCCCAUUCGAUGCUUUAUCAUCCAUAACCAUCACUUUCUAUCACACAGUUUUAGUGGCUUGUGUGUAAGCGAGAUAGAAGACACGCAAAAGUUCAGUACUCAAAUCUAUUGGCAUUAAUUAGGUGUUUUCAUUAUAGAUAAGAAACAUGGACGAUAACACACUAAAUAAAGUUGAAUUAAAAUACAAAGGUCAUUUAAUAUAUGACCCACUCAAAGUAUAUUGAAAGUUACUAGUUUGUUGAGGUGUUUGGUAACGGUAGAUGCUCGAUGUUUACGACACAAAAAAGACAAGUAAAUCAAACCGUAUGUAAAUGGAAUGGGAGAUAAAAUUGAUUGUAUCUAUAUUUUCAUGUAAUUACAAUGGCAACACUAGCAUCUUCAUAAAGUGCACAGUGCACGUAAUGUAUGAAUUAUUUGUCUUUAUUGUUUUGUAUUAGUGUUUGACACUUAAAGCGUUUAUUACAGAAGUGUCGCAGCGACUCUGCAUUAUCUGUCGAUUUUUCAAACUUUUUUUUAUUACAAUUGAGCAAACGAGUUGACGGAAUAAGAUGACCAUGUAAAGACUGAACAGUCCCUCGCCUUAUAGUGUCAACCAGUAAAAGAAAAUUGCUCCGCAUUAUGGAAGUUUGCAAUAUGAAGGAAAUUUAUUACAUUGACCAAUCACGUUCCUCCUAUACCUAAGGUCUAAUGUGAGAAACAUUCCUCUUUUCUCACGCUCUCAUACUUCUUUAAUAGCCGCAUCCCACUCUCCUAAAUCAAAUACAACUUACACAGGCUGUUUAGCGGUUGUAAUAAGUGGGACAAUGGUACAUGCAAAAAAUUAUGGACAAUAUUA